UCGGGAAGUACACAGACGUCGACUCUGGAGCACUACUUACCGAAUACCAAUCUGCCCUGUACGGCUUCACCAGAGGCAAUCGCCGCUGCGGCUGCAGCUUUCAAUGCCGUCCGCCGGUGGUUCACUAACCCCAAUCCAACGACUGCAGACACUGCAGCCUCUGGUUAUUGGUCAAGCUCCCUUGCCCCACCCCAGCCAGCACUCAUAUCUGGAGGUGUAUCCACGACCAAUACACCAGAAAGCAGUAAUCCCAUGAAUCCUCACCUGCUUGGUCGAUUCCCAUUGCACCAUCAACAGGGUCUGCCUCCAGUCGCCUAUAUACCGGCCGCCCAUCGGGGGCACCACAGCAGUGGAUACGUGCCAAACAACGGGAGUGCAGGUGGACCGGCAGUACGAGGAGGGAAGAAAAGAUCACACUCUCAAUCGUCUGUCAACGAUUUGUUCGACAUAUCCAGUCUGACGCGGAGUUCUCAGGGAUCGCUGAGCAUCUUGCAUGCGAUGAGGGUUUCGCGAAGUAUGGUGUCUAGUUCUGGAGGUUCAUACGGGCAUUUGUCUGCCGCAUCUUUAGGUGCAAGUCCAGGACCAAACACCGGAAUUCGACGGACGUUUAGCAGUAACGGAAAUUCCUCCCACACGGCACCUCCAGCUCCAUUUAGUGAUGGGUCACCAUUUUGGUCUCCACGGUCUCCACACUCGGGGUGUCAAGCUACAACUGGUACUGGUGGCUCGGCUGGAGCCAACCCAUCCUUUGGAAGUUAUCUCCCUACUACUUCCGCUAGUACACCAACGAGUAGCGGCAGUCAGCGGAGCAGUAGUAGUCGUGACCGAGCUCCAUAUGGACAUCAUGUGAUAUUUUCCCCACCAGCCCUCCUCCCACCGAAUUCCUUGUCUGCAGGGGCAGCUACCGACCCACUUUCUUCUCGAGGCAUGAUGGGAUCCCAUUUUGUAAAUAACCCAGAUUGGAUGACUUGCUCGACAGCGCUCUCAAAUACUUCGUCAGCCAGUGCAGCAGCCCUGAAAUCUGCCAUGGCUAUUGCGGCGGCAGCAGUUGCUGCGGCCGCGGCCUCCACAGAUUCCACAUUAAACGACGACAGUCAGUUCGUCAGUAACAGAGUCAGCACACGAUCAGCGGUAACUGGAACAUCAAUGCAUCCUAUAGAAUUCAACGACAAUAAUUCAGGGCAAGCUCCUCAAAGUGCUCAUUCCAACAACCCUUCCAAUUUUCUGUUUUUGAAACCACCACACGUACAACAAAGUACAGAAAAGUCCCAAACCUCAUUACCGACUGAAGCACUUCCAGUAGAGUCAGGUGUUCGUACCAGUCUACAUACCCCCAUGGACAUCACUUCAGAGUCUAACAUAACGCAGCGCACUUCCGUUACCACCCCUUCUCCCAUAUCCAAGAGCCCUACAAGCCCGUGUGUUCAUGCAACUAACUCGUAUGCCGGAUUUAGUGCUCCCUUCCUGAAUUCGAUGCAGUGUUGGCCUUUUAGCGCUAUGCGAUCGCUGGAUCGACUCCCCGGUGCAGCAAAGGCCGCUGGAUUCGGUCCAGCUCCGUAUGACUGGCCGCAUCCUUGGCCCCAAGAUACUAUGACAAACAAGCUGUUUGAACCCGAGAGACUGAGCAAUCGAUCAAAGCAUCAAGAUGCUCAACCACAAGACAAUAAGAAUAACACAAAAUCUACUGGUACAUCGGUGCCUGCAUAUCCACCCUUAACACGGGAAUUACUACGAAAGCACUGUGCAAUUAAUGAACAGAUAGAGUGUCGAGAAUCUGGUGGCGCAGCUGGGUCUAGGAACAGUGCGAAGUUGAAAUCAGUCUCCGGUAAUGGACCCCAAAAUAAAUCUUUGAUCAAACAAGAAGGUAAAAACGCCUGGCCUUCGUGCGACGGGCGAUCUUUGAAUCGUAUGGACAACACUGGUAACGGCGGACUGCUAUCUGAGGGAGAAGAAGGGGAAUGCGAUGAUGACGAGGAUUUGGAUGAAGACGGCCGAGUACCGCAAGAAGGUGAUCCGGAUUUUGUGGAAACCACAUGUCGCUGGGGUGAUUGUACUCAACAGUUUGAAAACCAGGAAGAAUUGGUGAAGCAUAUUAGUAACGAGCACAUUGCCGGGAACAAGAAGAGCUUCGUUUGCUUGUGGCGUGAAUGUGUUCGGGGAACACGGCCGUUCAAAGCACAAUACAUGCUCGUAGUUCAUAUGAGACGGCACACCGGAGAGAAGCCACAUAAGUGUAUUUUUGAAGGCUGUGUAAAGAGGUAUUCACGAUUGGAGAAUUUAAAAACCCAUCUACGAUCGCAUACAGGCGAGAAGCCCUAUCAAUGUGAGAUUCCGGGAUGUAAUAAAGCAUUCAGCAAUGCUUCGGAUCGAGCCAAACAUCAGAAUCGCACGCACAGUAACGAAAAACCGUAUACGUGUAAAGUUGACGGCUGUUCCAAGCGAUACACUGACCCGAGUUCCCUGAGGAAGCAUGUUAAGACGGUGCAUGGAGCUGAGGUGUAUGCUACGAAAAAGCACAAAGGCGAGAGUUGGAGUGAUAGACCUUGUGGAGGAAGUGGCGGAACGUAUGGUGGAACGAGUGGCGGUGGUGUGGAUGGUUUCCGUGGCUAUCCACGAUCACCAGGUGACUUGGGUGAUCGGAGAUCCGAUGGGGGAUUCGGUUCAGGACGGGGACGUUUCGGAGUUCGUGGUAUGGGGGACAACAACAUGUUACUUCCACGUGGUGGCGGGUGGAAUGGCAGGGGUCGGGGACCUUCUACCACUCCCGGUGACCGUGCUAUUGGAUUCCAUGGCACCUCCCUCUAUUCCGCCAAUCCCAUCUGUGAAUUUGGCACAACUGAGAGUUAUUCGUGGUUUCAUGAAUCAGAAUAUGGCCGAGCAAACCGACUCGGAUACCCUUAUACAGCCACUCGCGGUACUGCAGAAUUUCCACCUAACAUUGCAGAUAUACGCUCUCCUUGGAGUCCAGCAAACAUGUCAACCCAGGGUAUAACUUCUGAACUAUUAAUGAUGCAUCCCACGACAGCCAUCUACAGCGGAGCGGAUUACUUCCCCUCCAUGAAGCAUGAAUGUCCGACACCAUUGCCGUACUGCUCUGAUCCCAAACGAUAUCUACAUCCAGGCAUCCCUCCAAAUUGGACGCAACAAGGAACAUCCUCUGGAUUGGGUGGAAUACAUGAUGCACGAAUCGGAAAAGCAGCUGAAAACAACGCUGUUUUAAACAGCUCUGCAACAAGAAACCACCGAAGUGUGACACCAUGUCGCUUUCAAUCCCACUGUGAUAACCUUGGUCCUCAUAUACCCGAUCGAUCUGUACGAAGUAACAGUGUGGAAGCAGCUCCUCUGCAUUGUCAACCAAGUACUCACUUACCCAGAUACCCUUGCUCUGGUGUGAACCCGCAUUCCCAUCUUAUACAGCAGCACCACAAGCACCAACAUCAGAAUCCACCGAUAGUUCCAUGUCCUUCACAGGCGGCAAUUACCGAGGAAAAGUCCGACAGGAAAGCCAGAGCUGCCUCAACUCCCAGCUGGCGGUUACGACACUUAUCGUUACAGAAUUCGCCCACAAGCAGCGACGUAACUGGAGGCACGCGGGAUGGCGAGGCAAAUCAGAGAGUCGAUUGGACUUGCAAUUUCGAACGAGAUACCGCAGCAUCCCGAGCCCCCGAAACCAAUACAACGGAUUCGAAAACCUCCGUUGGACCUGGUAUCGUUGAGAAGUCUGUGGCCGCUCAGUCAGCUCAGAAUUCUUCGUUGAAUGCUCACAUAUCGUCUUGGAAUACCUCUCCUGUGACCGGUUUCCCGUCCCACGUAUCACAAAACAUGCGCAUCAAAAUAGAGAACCAUUCUUGUGCUCCAAACUGGACCACUCAGCGAUCUCCUGGGACACAGCCGGUUGGAGCGCUAGAUGUGGAGAACCCUCAGACGACUGUCAAACCUUGGACAGUGGAGCAAACGUUGCGCGUUGGGAGCGAGGCCCGUGAGACGCUAUCUCAAUCGGUUCAUGAAACCUCGCCGGCUGCAGUGGACAUCAAACCAGGAGUCGAAUUUAUCAGGCCGUGUGAGCUGCCUUCAUUAACCAGGAUUCCUGGACCCGAUCAGAUCUCUUCAUCGCAUGAUCACUGGGAACGGGGGAGUGGUACGGCUUCCUCUGGAAUCGGUUCGGGAGUUACUGUGCAGACUGGAUUCCAAAACCCGAAGCACGACCCACCUCCAGAUUGUGCUUCCAAUUUUGCUGCCUAUCGUACUCGGUCUUCAUCAAGUCCUCUUCCUACACCACCGCCAUCAGUCAUGGUCAAUUCACGCGAAGCAGACAGCUGUACUGCUGCCUCUGACUGUCACACCCAUCUUUCAAACCAAUGUCGUUGUUCCCCGUCGGCAGUUACUAAUCCCCUGAGUAACCCUCGUCAACAACCAGUGAGUCAGUCUUGUAUGUCUCAGGUGGACGUUGAAAGACUCUCCGCUACCAGUUCACAAGUAAGUAGCGGACUUGGGUCGAUGGGCUCUUCGAAUGCCGGAAGUGGAUGUGGCAUAACCAACGACAGUAACACUGUGAGGACUCCUCAACCGCAUAUUCCCACUUAUGCAAAUCGAGGCACUGGGGAUAUGUGUGGCGUUGGAACUAAAAAUCUACCUCAGCAGCAAACUGAACCACAUCACGGCUUAAUUUGGUCUUGUGUCUGUGCCUUACCUGGUUGCCCUAACAUUAACCAGUCGUCUCCUAUCCACUCCGGUCAUAUGUCUAAUCCACCCGAACAAAUAUCGACUUAUACUCCACAUUGGUCACCUUGGCAACGCACUCCAAUGCACGAUUCGGGCACAGCGGAAAAUAUAGCGGAUCAAUGGAAACCCGAAAGCUGUUUACACCGAUUCUGUCCAGGACCCGACCACUCUUUCUAUGCACGAAACCAGAUUUCUUUUGGAUACUCAGAUCCGUCCGCUCAAGCGUCAAAUACAGACAACCUGGUAACCACCUAUCUUGACCCGUCAUCGUACUUCAAAGGGCAUCACAAUGGAACACAAGCGGAAAUGCGCACACUACCCCCCGUUGCGAGCACACCGAAUGAGGUGCAAGCUUGGCGUGCAUUAUCUCACCCUCACACUGCAUACCCCCAUUGGACUCCUUCACGUCAAACCUUACAUCGACAAGCAAGUGUUCCUUCUGAUCACGUCUCUCCUACUUCGGUGCAUAACGACCUGCUCCCAGUAUCUCAUGAAAAUUUCCAUAUAUCCCAGACCUUCUCAGAACCACUUCAAUCACGCUCCAAUCCAGAAUCCACCUGUGGAUAUGCUGGGCGUGUGGAGCCUCAAUGGCCAAGACACCCUGGACACGAGUUUCCACAGCCUUUGAAUGAUCGAUGCUUACGAACAAGUCGGAUGGUACCAAAUGAACUGAAUUUGACGUACACCAUUCCAUCUGAAGACACACAACAAACACACAUGCAUAACGAAACCUCAGCUUCAAGAUGCUCACAUCCACCUACUCAAUACAACACAUAUACGACCGAAACCAUGUGCCAUUCCCCUUCUUCGCAUUGUCAGAUGGGAACAAAUCAGUCUCAGACCGCCCAACCAUUUAUCCAAACACAUCAGUACCUUCCUUUAGAACGCACUCCAACUUCAAAUUGUCCGGACCAUUCCAUGGUGACAACAAGUGCCGCACCACACAACAUCAGAGGUCCCACAGCUGCGGUACCCUUAAUUAAUCGCCCUGAUCUCGGUGUUGAAAAUCAUUCACAUCUUUCCACUCCACACCCGAUGUACAGCCCAUCACUUCACUCUAUUUUUGAAGAAGCUCCAACCGCUGCUCAAAACAUUCUGCCGCCUUCUGGUUGUGACGUGAUUAGUUCCAACAUGAUCGUGUGCAAUGUGUCCACGAUGAAUGCAGAUAACAUGAACUACGGUCCAUACAACUAAUACUCGAAUCCGGACAAAUAGCCUACUACUUAAUUGUUAGUGAACAUGAGCCUUUGGAAGUCCUUCAAUAAGUUUCGUUGCCGCAAUGAUAACACUAGUCACUACAUGCGACAGUUUAAAAAUCAUGUCAAAUUUUUUUGGUGUGGGCUAUCAACUGUGACUAUUCAGAGUGCAUCUGGUGUUUUCUUAAUGCAGUUGUGAUGAACCAAAGUCACGUCUUCAUGAUUAAUCCUCAGCAGUGUUUGGAGGUGAACAGUCACAUUCACAAUGCAUUUUAACAUUUCAUUUCGUUUAUACAUGCACCAUCAAACAUUAGAGGCAGUGCUUAUUCAUACCUUUAUUCUAUCGCAUUUUACCCCUCAGUUUUCUCGUACAUUGUUCUGGCAAACGACGGCUGUGCAUGUGUUUUGAUUUGUUCCGGUGAUUGUGCAAUAGGCCGAGACUUUUAUCAAACGGUCCCCAUGCCUUUCACUGCGCAUCCCGUUGUUGUCCCCUCUGUGUGUGGAUUCCCUGCUCAUACACCCCAUACGACUAUCAACGCCAGCAAACCGCCUAGUCGCAUCCCACAAUUCACAUGUGCACAGGGCUUCUCAGAGCUCCUGAAAAGCAGUGUAUAGUUGGAUAAGAACGACUGGUUUUUAUGUGCAUAUGUUUCUAUUAUCACCCAUUUGUACUUAAAAGCGCCAAAACUUGUAACUAUACGUCCCUGUAGUGCCCUGAAGGGUUACUGCUGCCAGAGCCGAGCUCUUUUCUGAUUGUCGUAGUCAGCUGACCUACUUUUGCUGUUUUUUAUACUCGUCUGAGGUAGAGACAAUACAGACGCAGUCCUGUUGACUCGCUUUUGAGUCCAGAGCACAAGAUAUGCAUACUUUGUUCCCGGCCGGUCAUUCGCAGUCGAAAACAACAGUGCUUUCACUAUAAAUGCUUUCGCACAUGGUUCCUGGAUUUUGGAAGAGUCAUGGUUUGGCUUUCCCUAGUUAACCUUUGUUCUCCAUAUUGAGAUAUGCUCACAUAUUUCAAUCACGACACCAUAUUCCUUUUGCACCUGUUUGCUCUUCUAUCAGCGUCCACCCCGACCCUGCUGCACCACUCCGCCAUAUUUCUUAUCCCCCCGACUGGCUGCGCGCCAUCGACGAUAGAAAACAUCUCUACCGGUUUUACCCCCUUACUUCUUGUGUGGCUUAUGUGAUGCACGGUUUCACUUGCAAGCGCAUGCAUGUACAUUUGUCUGUACAAAACGAA